GGUGAGCCGGGCAGUGGAGCCGGGGCAAUGGGCAUCUCGGGGAGGGGGCCGAUCGCCUUCUCUUUCCUUCUCUUACUCCUGCUUCCCCUCCCGCCGCAGGGAGUCAGCUGGAUCUGGGGCGAGGGUGAUGCCAGGAAGAAGCCCCUGAGCCAUAACCAGCCCUCGACCCCUCGCCCGCUGGGCGCCCUACCUAACCCCUUUGUGGGUAGUGGCCUGGAGGAGGAGGAGGAGGAGGAAGAGGAGGAGAAGGGCCAGACCACUCUAGGACCCUCUCCAGACCCCUCUUCUCCCUCCAGCACGCAGGGAGAGAGAGGACCGCACGGACCCCGCGGGGUGGCCGGCUUCCCUGCGGAGGCGGGCCCUGUGGGGGGUCUGCGUCCCCCCGACCUCCAGGGCCCCCCCGGCCCGUCCCGUCCCUGUCCGGCUCCAACACCGCAGAGAGCAGCCGCGCCUGAAAACCAGGGACCGAAGGGAGAGUGUGGGGAGCCGGGGUCCCCGGGGGUCCCGGGGCGGAUAGGAGAGCGGGGGUCGGACGGCCUGCCCGGGCCCGCGGGUCCGCCCGGACAGAUGGUCAGUGACUGGACUCUCAACUCCCCUGGACCCUCUCCCCUCGGCACGUCCGAAUCCGGAGCGGUGAGGUGGUCGCAGCUGCAGAGCUGGGUCUUUCCGUCCCGGGAAGAGAUGGGCCGAGCCGGGCACAUGGUGGGCGAGGGCAGCCUGGCCUACGUGAGAGACGGCAGCGGCGGAGCCUUCAUCCGCACCCGCGCUGGGUGGCGCAGCCUUCGGAUGGAGGACCCUGACCCUGCGCUGGCCAGUGAUGACCCAUCGGAGGCUCAGCGCAGCAAGGGAUUGCCAACCCCCUGGCCCACACCCAAGGGAAGACCCCAGAGAUUUCCCUCGCUCCGGUUGGUGGCUCUCAAUGCCCCUCUUCCCGGGCACCUGGGCGGGCUACGAGGGGCCGAUCUACAGUGCCACCAGCAGGCACGGGAGGCUGGACUGUACGGGACAUUUCGCGCCCUCCUGGCUGCCUCGGGCCAGCGCCUGGCAUCUCUGGUGCACAGGGCAGACCGGGUCCUGCCCAUAGUCAACCUGCAGGGCCAGCGGCUGGCCAGGACCUGGGAGUCGCUGUUGGAGAGCAAAACCCGCCGUGCCCACGGCCUCCGGGCACCCAUCUACACCUUCGACGAUCGUGCGGUCCUGGAGGACCCCCUCUGGACCCAGAAAGCAGCCUGGAUUGGACCCAGCCAGAAGGACAGCCCAGGUCCCCAGGGCACCUGCCAAGACUGGAGGAUGGGCAGCGGGGUCCAGGGUCUGGCAGCCCGCCUGGAUGAGAGAGAGUUCCCGCGCGUGGCAUCCUUGGACUGUGCUGAGUCCCUGGCCGUCCUGUGCAUCGAGAUCGCCUUCCCUUACCGGGACACGUGAUGACGGACAGAUGGGCCUAGGGGAAGCCAGGAGUCCCGCCCUUGUUGAAAAUCCAGGGCUUGGUCGUGCUCCACCCAAGGCAAACUGGGCGGGAGGAGGCUAGGACAGUACACUCCCAAGCACUUAGUACAGAGCUCUGUACAUAAUAAGCAUUCAAUAAAUACCAUCGACUGAUUGACUGUCCUGCCACUUUCCCCCAACA